CGCCCGCACAGAGCUCUGGGAGUCCGUACAACAGUGACCGAUUUGUUACCUGCCUCACUGCCUCGUCGACGAGAGUUCGCCCACUCAUCUGUGCAGAAGGGGGCUUCGACUUCGACGAGGCCAGAGUCAGAAGACGUCGCAGCAGCAGCAACAGCGACGCCGUGGAGACACGCCGGACCGGACACUGUGGCCAGAGAAGGGACCCGUUGAGGGCAAUGACGCUGUGGGUCAUGCUGAGGGCCAUCGUGCCGCGCCUGGUGUUCGCGGUGCAUGCGCUGGCGUGCGUCUGGAGGGUCGCGGUGCACACGCAGCACCGCCUCUACUGGCUGCUGCUGCUCCUCGUGCUGCUGCUGCCACUCGAGCUGAUCGUGACGCUGGUGCUACGCAAGGGCAAGGACUACAAGUGGCUCUCUUUGGCAAUACUCCUGUACCUGAUCAAUGUGGUGCCUGCCAUCUGGCUUCUGGAGGUUCGAUAUUUUGAGACGAAACUGAAUGAAACCUGCUCCAAUGCCACGAUCACCAUCACCACCACCGCUGCGCAGCUACCGGUGCACCGGGAACCGCUGCAAUUUAAGACGCGACUCUUUAUUCGGGAAGCUCCAGACUUCGCUGCGACCUCGGAAUCUGGCUUCGCGUCGUCGGGAACGGACACCGUGGAAUUUCUGUUUCCGAGCACCAAGGCGCCGACCGUCCGUCCUCUCGCGAGGGGCCCAACCACCUCUGUCCCGGUCACCGCCAGCGCGGGUUACUCGCCCACCCAGAUGUUCGCCCUCUUCGGGGAGGAGGCGACGCACGUCGCCAUGACCCGCUGGCCCGAAAUGAGCGACUCGGAUUAUCUCGGAGAAGAGCCGCGGGUUGGCGCGAGCGUUUCCGAGGCUCCUACGACUCUCCCCACACCCCUCUCUCCCCCUGAGGAUGUCGGUCGCAGGGGGAGGAGCGGUCCUCAUGGCAAAGGCAGAGACGCCAGCUACAUUAUCUCUCAGGUGAAGCAACUGGAGUCCACGGUGAACAACCUCCUGGACUCGAACGAGGCGUGGAUCCUGUGCAUCCACCAGAUGCUCCUGCUGCUCCUCAUCAUCGGGCGCUGGUUGCUGCCCACGGGCACCGAAGUGUCCCGCGAGAAGCUCUCGCAGCUGCUCCUCGAGUUCAUCGGCACGGCCGGCGACAUCCUGGAGUUCAAGACGGAGACGAUGCAGGACUCCGUAGUGAGGUGCAACAGGCCGCUGUUCUAUUGCAUCAUGGCAGUCUGGACGUGGAGCUUGAUACAGUUUCCGCUCGUCAUCAAAGUUCACCAGGCGCUGCCGGGCUCGCAGGAGAAAGCACCGGCCCGCGGGUGGAGGACUCUGGUGCGCGUCUACAGCACGGAUCUGUGGGCCAUCGUCAUCAGCGUCUUCAUCCAGGAUGGGCCCUUCCUCGUGGUGCGGCUGCUGCUGCUCAUCCACUUCGGAGUCCUCGACCAAAUGCAGAUGCUCAUCUUCUUCACCAUCAAGAACGUGCUCGUGCUGAUGCUGCAGGCCUACCGCCUCGUGGUCAUCUACGGGGACUACCGCGGGCUCUGCCUGAGUGGUCCCACGGCCGUGCCGUCACCGCGGGAGCGACAGGAGGGGAAGAGCCCCGGAGAGGUCCCCAGCGAUGCGGGCACCCUCGCCACGGGCGACUCCUUCACCAUGGCCAUUACAGCCUCGAACAGCGAGAAAAUGAGGGAGUGCCCUUAAUAAAAGCGAAAACUUUUUGUAACAAUUUUUUUUGGUAUUUUACCAGGUAUAAGCCCCACCGAGCUAUGUAGCUUAUUUUUCAGAAGCGACCCUGGCUACCACGUGGACAUGUAUGGCAGUAGUCGAAUACUCUGAACGCGUGUUGUUGAUUCUAAGUGUGGAGGGGAAAACCGGAGGACCCGGAGAAAAAAAAUCCACGCGACCACAGGGAGAGAGAGAGAGACAUCACAAACUCCAAAUAUACAACAGGGGUCAGGGUUGGGAUCGAACCCACGACGACCUCCUGUACACCGGGCGAGGUAGUUAACAUCUCGCUACCGUGGCGCCCUUAACUGACGGAUGACCGCGAACUUCAAGUUUCGCGAGAGGAAGGCAAUAGCUGAUUGCGUUUAGCGUCGAUCAGUUGGUGCGCAGACUCUCGCUACAAACAAAGGUGACGGCGUUUGUUUUGUUGUUACUUUUACCGCGACCGCAUGCCGAACGCUUGCGGGGAAUUUGCAAACGCAUGAUGUCUGCUGGGGUGGAAAAAAUACUUUAAAGACCCUGUCACAGUUUUCUUGCAAGAUUGGGACGAUUAGGCGAGAGUGCUACGGCAACGGACGACUGAAUUGCUCCACGCAACGCGUUCUGGUUUCAGUACCCGCUUGAGCCGGGAAACGUCACAAUCGGAUCAAAGGUUUCCCCGGGGUCAAACGUUACUGUUCGCCAUAAACCGGUAACGAAGAAAAUAUAUUUAGUAGGCAAAGUAUCUACAUUAGUUUAAAUUUGAAUAAAGGAGAACCUCUCUUAUCCGCGGGCCUAUUACCCACGACUUCUAUUAUGAUAGAAAGUCGUGGGUAAUAGGAUAAUUAUCCUCGGAACCUGUAGGGCCUGUGAAGCUUCUAUUAUAUCCAUGGGCCUAUUUCUUCAUAUGAUCUGCGAUUGUACCCAUAAUGCGUAGCAAAGCGGCUUCCUAAUGCUUGUGAUGUUUUUGCGAAUAAGAGGAGUUGUUUGGAAAUGUACUCCUAAUCAGAACCGGCCCUAGACCUUUGGGGGCCCUAAGCAAAAUUUGGUUGGAGGCCCCUUUGAUGUAUGAUUUUUUUUCACCCACGAGCUAGCAGUGACUCUAGGGGGCCCUCUGCUGGCCACGGGGCCCUUUGCAAUUGCAAUGGUCGCUUAGUGGCUGGGCCGGCUCUGCUCCUAAUAUCUGCGGUUAAUCGAAUUUCAAAGAAAAAUGGCCACGAUCAAAGAAAUUGCACCGGCAGCAUUUGCUUCGACAGGGAGACAACGCAGACACUCGCAGAGACACAGACAUGCACAGAGAUACGGAGACACACACAGAGACACGGAGACACACAGAUACACGAAAACACAGAGACACAAACACCCUCACACAUACACGACAACACUACAAAAACACGAACACACUCAGAGACAUGAACACACAGAGACAGGGAGACACACACACGCACAGACACGAGACGUACACAAAGACAGGGAUACACACACAGACACGUGUCUGUGUGUCUAUGUGUUUCAGCUAGCUGAUGAAAGUUGCAAGCGAGAAUUUCAUCAUCGCUUGCAGUUGGGGUUGGCAUCGUCCCCCACUCCUCCUGCUGUCGAGGGGAAAUGGGCGAGGUUUAGGACUGUGACUCAGGCAGCUGCAAUGGCUGCUUUGGGUGCGCGGUCCAGACCUCCCCAGAGACCCUGGCUGACAGAGGAGGUGUUCAGGCUGGCUGAGAAAAAGCGACAGGCCCACUCUCAUCGGCUGCAGCAUCCCACGUCAGAGAAUGAAGAGGCUUACCGCAGCCUUCGCUCAGAGGUUCGAAGAGCCGUGAGGCGCUGCAAGGAUGGGUGGUGGUCGCGGGUUGCGGAGGAGAUCGCUAUUUAAUUCCAUCAAAAAAGUAACCUGCAGCGCCACACCUAUUACCAUCAUUAGGGGAAAGAACGGUGAUUCAAUCUCCGACCCCCAGGAACAGGUUUGCAGAUUUGCUGAGCAUUUCUGUGAGGUCCUGGGGGAGGGGAAAUCCCUUAUCAUGGAAAACAACGUGGGACAAAGUGGGGAUGACCCUGCCGAGGCUGCGGUGCCUCAAAUAUUGGAAAAAGAAGUCACCCCCUGUGGCUGAGGUGCCAUCUGUUGAGGAAGUACUGAAGGCGAUCCAGAGUCUGAGACCAGGAAAGGCACCGGGCAGAGAUGAUCUUCCAAGUGAAAUGUUGUGGGAGGGUGGCGUUUGUGCACAGACUGCCCUACAUGACAUCAUAACAACAGUCUGGACCACUGGACGGGUUCCGCAGGAUUGGAAGGAUGCCCUGGUGGUCCCCCUCUUUAAGAAGGGAGAUCGCACAGACUGUAACAACUACAGGGGCAUCUCACUCCUCAGUGUGCCGGGAAAGGUCCUGGCAAGGAUUAUUCAACAUCGCCUUGCUAGGCACGCCGAGGAGAGGCUUGCGGAGCACCAAUGCGGUGUCAGGAAAGGGCGAUCCUGCACAGAUGCCAUAUUUUCUGUCCGUCUGCUACAGCAGAGGUGUAGGGAAUUCCAACAAGACCUACAUCUCUGGUUUAUUGACCUGGUCAAGGCCUAUGAUACCAUGAGUGGGCCUAGGCUCUGGGUUGUUCUUCGUGCUUUCGGAGUUCCUGACCCUCUGCUCAUGAUCAUUAAGGACCUUCAUGAUGGUUAGCGGGCCCAGGUAAAACUACGUGGCCGGGAGUUGGAGCCAUUCCCUGUACACCUUGGGGUGCGACAGGGAUGUCUUCUGGCUCCCACAUUAUUUAACAUCUAUUUCGACCACGUAGUUUGUGAAGCCUUCAAUAGCUGUACCGGAGGAAUUUCCAUCAGGUACAGAUAAAAUGGGAGGCUGAUCGAUGCCCGGGUGCAGUCGAGGGAUAGCUCCCUAUUGCUCAACCAUGUUAUGCAUGCCUAUGAUCUGGUAAUUGCUGCUCACUCAGAGGAGGAGUUGGAGGCGCUGCUGCUGAACCUGGAGCUUGCCAUUAAGAGGUGGGGCCUUACCAUCAGCCCCACCAAAACUAAGUACCUGCCUGAGUAUUUUGUACCAUCGGACACUCCACCCUCACAACUCCCAAUUGGUGAUGGGGCAGUUGUGGAGAGAGUGGAGAGUUUCCCAUACCUGGGCAGUGUGCUCAUGACCGGCUCCGGUUUAACAGCAGAGGUCUCACUCCGAAUCAGUCGAGCGGCAUUAUCUUUUCAUCGUAAUGCUGUGUGGAGGUACCUGGUCUAUCGCUCCGCACUCCGAAUCAGUCGAACGGCAUUAUCUUUUCAUCGUAAUGCUGUGUGGAGGUACCUGGUCUGUCGCUCCGCACGAAGCUUCAGGUCUUCUCGGCCACAGUCAUUCCCUCCCUUCUCUACGCUUGCAAAACGUGUGCCCCCCUCAUGGGACAUCUUCGCCGGUUAUAACCAUUUAGGCUGGCCUGCCUACAAUCCAUCCUGGGUUUAACCAGGCUGGAUUGUGUGAGGAGCUCACAAAUCCUUGAAAGAUCUGGACAAAGUCUCAUCGGUGAGCUCCUCCGGCAGGCAAGGCUGCGUUGGCUGGGCCAUGUAGCCCGCAUGCCAGCCACCGCAUGCUUAAACAGCUUUUUUCGGCCGGAUCGAGGGGGCUAAACGGGCGCGGAACGGGUUAGAGGAGAGAUGGAGUGAUGUGGUACAGGAGGACGUGGAGCUGAGUGGACUUGCCGAUGACUGGUACCAGCGGUGUCAAGAUCAGCCUCUAUGGAGGAGGCUCGUGAAGGACGCUACUGGGCAGUUGGAGGCAGUCACCCUCCAACAACAACGGAGGGUGAAGGAGCGACGCUCACAACAACGAGCGGAGCACCGGGUGGCUAAAGCACAGUAAGUUGGCACAGUAGGGGGUACAGGUGGUGCAUCAGCCAUUCGUCUCAGUCAGUCGACCUGUGCCAUCUGGGUCUGCUCCGUAACCUCCUGCCAGCGGGCGUUCGACACUUCACGUGACCUCAAGGUGCACAUAGCCUGGCACAAGCGUCGUGGUGACGUCACCACCAUUUAGUCGCGAAUUGCGGUUGUUGUGUCUGUGUGUCUCCAUGUCUGUGUGUGUCUGUGUGUCUACGUGUCUCCAUGCCAGUGUGUUUUUUAAACGCCGCACAUUGCACAUUGUCUGCUAGGCCCCCUGCUGUGCUUCAAAUACUCCUAUUACCCGCGAUAUUUUCACGGAUAACAGGGGGGUCGGCACUGAAAAUUAAUCCCAUUCCCUGUGGGGUUUCUGUAAUUCUUCACCCCGUGGAUAAGAAGAGUAAAAUUACGGAUAACUCCGCGGGUAAUGAUGUACAAAAUUGGUUGCCCACAUCACCAUGUUCUCCUCUGUGGUGAACUGCACUACAAUUCUGAUGAUCGUUAUACAUGAUUAUAAUGAUAAUAUACAUGACAGUGAUUCUAUUAUUAUCAUCACCAUAGCCGAGAUGUGAACUCGUGUUUUUGUUCCUUGGGGAGCCUGAUGUGUCAAGCAAUUGCCUUCGUAUCCCGUGUUUAAUCGCGGCAAAUUGUUUACCAAGGAACGGCUCACCGAGUCUCAAGACUACUUUUCAAGCGGGGUCCUGCCAAUAUUUUGCAGUCAACGGCGAUGCUGCUGCUGCUGCUGUUGUAACCCACGUUUUUGUAAUUGGGAGGUUAAUUCUUCAGCACUGGGAUGUUUGGCCAACACCGGAUGCAUUGUGUGUGUGCUUCUACUUUAUUUAUAUUGUAACGCUAUGACAGCAAACCUGGUGGAACCCAUAUGAAGAACAAGGAGAGAAUAUAGAAACAAAUUCCACCCAGAGGGUCUUCUGCCUGGUUGUUACCACUGUGUCACCCUGUACGCCCCGGUAUCUACGGCAAGACAUUAACGACGUGUUUUAUACCGUAUACGCAUCAUUACGUGCAACAGUCUUUACACGUUUAAACAUGAACAUAAAAUCAGCUGGCAGGCUACGCAAAACCGUGACUUCAAAGCAGCAUUUACAACCAUCUCAGAAGCGUUAAGAUAGGAUCACUACUUUACUUGUCUCUACCGCCUCCAAUAGCGAAUGACACUCAUUUAAGCAAAUUAAUUAUGCUGCAGGCAAUCCGAAUGAACAUACAGCUCAACGUGUAAGGGGCCGUCCAUAAAUGACGUC